AUGGCUGUCGUGGCGGAUCAUUCGACGCCUGUAGAGUUGGGCGAUCACUGCUGCGAGCCGGUUCCCGUAUCCGUCGCGACCAAACCCCUCCUCGUGCAUCAUGGACAUUGCCCUAACGGUUUGCAUGGGGAGGAGGAUGGGAAAGGUCGAAACGGCGAGUGGUUUGCCUUCCAAGAUGGUGUCCAGUACUACAGCGAGAACUUAGUUUCUGAAAAGGGCGGCCUUGGGCGUUUUCGUGGAGAAGCUUUGUUGCCGCUUUUGAAGAGAGCAAAUGCCUAUUAUCAUUAUUAUCCAUGA